AUGGGUAGUGUUAUAUCGACACGUCGUGAAAAAGGAAAAAAUUAUUUAUUACAAACUCUAGAUGAACAUAUCGCUGGUAUUAAUUGUAUGGUAUUGAGUGAUGAUGGUAGUGUAUUAUGCACAGGCUCAGACGAUUAUAGUAUACGCUUGUGGAGUGCAAAAACAGAUCCCGUCGAAUGUAUUGGCUUUCUAACUGGACAUCAUGAUUAUGUGACACACAUUAUCAUAGAGGAAAAUAUUUUGAUAAGUGCAUCAGUCACUUUUCGAUUAAAAGUUAUUCAAAAGCAUCCCAAUUCACUAUAUUUUGAAUUGAAUAGCAGUCCGACACAUACACUCAUUUUAGCCGAUAAAACAUUAAGAAAAUGGGAAAUGAGUUCAUGCCAAUGUUUACAUGUCUUUGCGGGACAUACAUCACUCAUUAGUCGUGUCCUAUGUACUGGAAAUUUUAUAUUUUCAACAUCUUAUGAUCGAACAAUGAGAUGUUGGGAUAUUGAUAGUGGUGUUUGUAUUAGAGUGUUUCGAGGACAUAAGCAUGGGGUAUCACCUAUUAUAUUCAUACCAUCUGUACACGAUGCAUCCGAUUCAUUAGAAGAACUUGAUAUGUAUGCAAAGGAUGUUAUUAUAACAGGAUCACAAGAUGCAACAGCAAAGUCUUGGUCAUUCACAAGCGAUGAAUGUUUAAAAACAUUUAAAGGACACACAGCUGGCAUCUCCUGUUUGGCAAUCGAUCAGCAAGAAAAGCUUUUAUUUACCGGAGCUGCUGAUAAUACUAUUCGAUGUUGGAAUAUCUUUCACGCACAUGAACUGCGAAUAUUCGAAGCUCAUUCUGCUUCAAUCAUUAGUAUCGUUGUAAUUUACACGGGUUGUGGAGAUUCUUUAAUUCGUUGUUUCGAUGCGCGAUCGGGUAUUUUGAAACGUGUAUUUAAAUCUCAUACACUUGGUGUCAGUGCUAUGCGGGUGACUCAAGAACGUUUGUUUACUGCCUCUGCUGAUGGAACUUUAAAAAUAUGGGAUAUUGCUGAUCUACAACCCGGUACUAUUGAAACGACUCAACUAACGAGAAAUACAAAUGCAAGAAAACUUGAUUCAAAUUUAGAAAUAAAUUCAUUGCAGGAAAGAAGUUUGAAUAAUGAUAAACGCUCGAAUGUUGACUCGGAAGUAGAUGAACGAAAAUUUCAUGAUCAAACACACGAUAUAGUUUAG